AUUUUUAUCCGUAUCACUGAACUCUAUAAUGUUCCAAAAUCGGUUUUCAGCAUGCCUUCACUUCCUACAUUAGCUAAGAUUGCUGGCUGUGGAGCUUUACUGGUCGGCGGAGCCUUUUCCUUCGCACAAUGGAAAAUAGAGGAGGGUCUGAAGAGUGGCGUCUGGUACACGGAGUCGAUGCGUCUGUUGCGGGCCCACCGCGGCGCCGCUGGUUUGCUUGGAGAACCGAUAGUCGACGGCAGGCUCGACCUGGGUAGCAACGACACCAACUUCUGUGAUCAGACACGAGCCCAGUUUCGCGUGCCCGUCAAAGGUCCGAAGCAGAAGGGCUACCUGCACCUGUGGGCGUCUCGUGCAGACGGUGCGUGGACCGUAAACCGGCUGGAGCUGGAGCUGGCGACAGAUGCCAGUCGGAAGCUGCUGGUACACUCCAACGAGGACCCUCCGGCGGCGGCCCAGACUGUGACUCCCUCUGCGACCUCUAUGGCAGAGACGCCUGCCGUGGCGUCCGAGCCAGAGGCGGCUAGCUGAAAGACAGCUCAGUGCAAGUUCGGGUGGGGAGGGCUCUCGCUUUUACUAGGACUGAUCAGUGGUCGGUGUCCCUGCCGAGAGCGCCGCUGGCGGCUGCCACGGAACGAUACGUGCAUCGGCGAGCGUUGGUGGCGCUGUGCUCAAUGUUUGGCUCGAAGGGGCUCACGUUAGGCGCUCGCCAGCUCGUUAGUUGUUGAAGUGAGGGUGGUGAGUCGCACAGUCAGAUGUAUGUCCACGGGAUGCUGAGCUAAGUCGGCACAAGUUACCAGACAGCGGCUGACAGUGUUCAUUUUCGUACUAGGCUGUGUUCAAAGCGUACUGUCUGUUGCAAUAGUGUUAUUGCGCGCGAGAGGAUCGUGUGCGCCUCGUCUCGAAGCAGACAUGCUGUUAAACCAUGUGUAGCAAAGCAUGUUCUUGCAAGAGUUACUGUGAUAAGCACGUAACUUGAUUUUUGCGCGGAGUUUAAUGGCGUUGAUCGAUUAAGAAUGGACAAGAGGCUUAAUUGCUGACCGAUACUGGUUUAAAAGAGCCGUCUAACAGGUGACAUUGACAUCACAUAGGAUCUUUGUUUGCCAGUAGACCGUGAAUAAAUCUCACUUGUCUGCGUCUGCGGCUUCCAUAGCCUCGGUGUCCGCUAUUGACUCUAGAAGCUUUGAUUCGGGCAUUUUUGGUGUGUGGAUCAAGUCAGGGAUAUCAGAAAGUAUUGACUAUUUCGACCACUUACGUUUUCAGCGAGAACGAAAUUAAAAAUAAUGUCAAUGAAAAUGAAAUGUUUAAAUCCGGGACCUUACGUGGGCAGCGAGGAAAAUGUCAAUGCUCAAAUAUGAAAUCGGGCUUGUA